AUGGUAAAUAAUGCUCAUGAUUCUUCUUUAACGAAUAAUAAAAAUGAAAAAGUAAUAUAUAAAGGAAAAGAAAAGAAAAAAAGAAAAACGCCUAUAGACGAAUCAUUAAGUGAUAUUUCUAUAUCUACUAUAAGUAAUAGCACAGGUAUUGAUUCAGAUUUGUAUAAUAAUGUUCUUAAAGAAAUUAAAGAAGAGAAAAAAAGAAAAAAAAAAUUAAAAAAAAGAAAAAAUAAUAAUGAAAAUGAAGCAUCAAAAAAUAAUAGAGAAUUCACUUCUAUGGAUAGCUUAAACGAAGAACAAAACACAAAAAAACAAAAAAUAUUUGAGUCAAUCUCUGAAAAUAAAAAAAGACACAAGAGUAAGAAAGAUAGAAAAAGAAAAAAAAAAGUUAAGAAAUCAAAAUCUAGAAGUAAAUGCUCUUAUGAUGACAAAAUUCCAAAAGAUCCAUUUAAUCCUUUGUUAUUAGCUUAUGUAAAAGAUAAAAAAUUUAAAUACAGAAAAAAUGAUAAAGAUGAAUUAAACUUCAGAUGGAAACAUGAUAGAUAUGAAAGUACUUCUAAUGAAGAAGGUAGUGAAGAAAGAGAACAAAAUAUAAAUAAAGCAUUACCUAAAAUUGAUAUAUUUGAAUUAAGAAAAAAUUUAUGGAAAUCCAAAGCAGGAGGUGUUUGCUUACCUCAAAUAAGCGAAAAUAUUAACUGA